UCAACUUAUCUUAACCCAUCGUCACCAAAGCAAACCUUCUCCAAUCAUUAGAUACCCCUUCAGGGCUUUUGGUCCUCCCAGCCUCAUGGCAAACCAUAUGCUCAUUUCUGUUCCAUUCAAGGCCAUAUCUUUCUUCUUCCUAGCCCUCGCCAUCCCUUGUGCCAUCUCUGCUCGAAUCCUUGAUAAGGAAGCACCUGUUACCCCUGCUGUAGCGCCUGAGGCAUCUGAUCUAGCUGAAACGCCUGUAUCCAGUGUCACUUCUGUGGCUACAGCCCCGGCUGCAGCCACCAGUACCACAGUUACCAAUAUCAACCUCCACCAUACGUUGUCAUUCUUCAUGCAUGACAUUCUUGGAGGGUCAAACCCCUCAGCUGGGGCCGUGACUGGAAUUGUAACUAACCCAGCGGUCAAUGGCCAAGUCCCCUUAGCCAAGCCUAAUGGUGCGGUACUUCCAGUCAACUAUGGUGUUCCCCUCAAUAACGGCAACAGUGCACUCAUCAACAACAACAAUAUUCCCUUCCUAACAGGCCUUAGUGGAAACACAGCUAAUGUGAUUCAAAACAACGGAAACAACGUGAUCAAUGGAGGCUCUGGUCUUCCUGUCUUCAAUGGGGGUCAGUUCCCUGCUGGGACUAACCUUCAGAAGCUUAUGUUUGGGACAAUGACAGUUAUUGAUGAUGAGCUAACCGAAGGACAUGAUCUCGGGUCGGGUUUGGUUGGUAAGGCACAAGGGUUCUUUGUAGCAAGUUCUGAAGACGGGAGCAGCCAGACCAUGGCUUUCACAGCCAUGUUUGAGAGCGAUGGCUAUGCCAGUAGCCUCAGCUUCUUUGGAGUUCAUCGAACUGCUGUCUCUGAAUCCCAGCUUGCCAUCAUGGGUGGCACCGGAAAGUACAUAAAUGCAGAGGGCUAUGCCACGGUUAAGACCAUUCCAGGUGCCAAUCAGCAUAAUACCGAUGGAACAGAGACCUUGCUCCAGAUUAUUGUGUAUCUUGCCCAUUAGUGCGUGGAUUAAGCAUGGCUGUUGUGUAGAACAUUUUUAUAAGAGAAAACCUUGUGCUUUUCCUACUACCUAAA